AUGCCAUCCAACACCCAACCUUCACAGAAGAGAAGGAAAUUCAAAGAUAGAAGAGUGAUUUCUGUCUCCAGCACUACCGGCACACACCCUUUGAACGUUCGACCCCUGGGGAAUGCGUUUUUCGUAGAGGAAUCAGAUGGUCCCUCGAGAAGUAGCCAGAUGGGUUACUUCUCCAUGCUAAACGAAGAUCUCUUCAUGGAACUACUUGGGUUUGUUGACGAUAGCAAGUCGCUAAUGGCUCUUGCUCACACUUCACGUGUUCUCUACGCCUAUCUCUAUGACGAGGACUUAUGGAAACUGCAUUAUACGGGGAAGGUGCAAAGAUUGGAGAAGCAGGGACAAAGUGCUCCACCAUUAACGUGGCGAGGCUCGUGGCGUCUCAGUGUGCUUGGAAUUCCUUCCAAAUAUCUGGCUGACUUGCAACUUCCCGGAAAUUUGCUCUGUUCGGACGUUCUCUAUCGUCCAUUCCAGUGCUCUCAGGUCGAAUACGAUAAAUUGUUUCAUGACUUGAUAGAAGACGAGGAAGGCUACAAGAAUGCAUGCUUAAAGAGUAUAGAACAUCUGGAGACUUUGCCAGAUAUGCCCAAUGGCCAUAUUCCUCGACUUUCAGAGACUAACCUCUCACAAUCUGAGUUCGACUCUAGAUGGAAUAAAGAACCAUUCAUUUUGGUCAACUCCGAUGAGUCUCGAUGGCCGCGUUGGGACUUAAGCUCGCUUUUGAAGCGUUUUUCAGAUGUGAAAUUCCGUCAGGAGGCCGUUCAAUGGCCAUUGUCGCUCUAUUCUGAGUAUUUGGCCCAAAACUGCGACGAAAGUCCACUUUAUCUCUUUGACUGCGGCAGUGAAGCCAUGAAAACACUUCGCAAAGAGUACAAGGUGCCUGAUCUUUUCCAGCAAGACCUUUUCAAGUUAUUCCAAGAUUGUAGGCCCGACCAUGCAUGGCUUAUUAUCGGAUCUAAACGGUCUGGAUCCACCUUCCAUAAAGACCCCAAUUACACGUCCGCAUGGAAUGCAGCUCUUAGUGGAAGAAAGUUGUGGGUGAUGUUUCCACCAGGAGUGACGCCUCCAGGAGUUUCCACCGAUCUGGAGGAAAGUGAAGUGACAUCUCCUGUAGGAAUCGCUGAAUGGGUUCUCUCCGGUUUCUACAACGAAGCUACAGGGGUUCCCGAAGCACAGAUCGGAAUCACUUUCCCUGGUGAAUGUAUGUACGUGCCCAGUGGAUGGUGGCACAUGGUGAUCAAUCUUGACGACAGCGUGGCACUCACACAGAAUUUCGUUCCCGAGGUUAAAUUGGCCAAUGCCCUUCACUUCCUCAAGAACAAGCGCACUCAACUUUCUGGGUUCCGUCCUUUGGAGGUUAGACAGAAAUUGCAGGAAAUUUUAGAAAGCUUCCAAGACACCAAUGAUGACGACAUGACGAAGAUCCGAGCAUAUGCUAAGAAGUUUGACGAAUUGAACUUACAAGAGUUUUUGCAGACUGAAGAUUGUGGAGAAAUCAUGGCCUCACAGCUUCCAGCAAUGCCGGUUUUUGAACUCUUCAGGAAGUUGUUGAUUUUGGGAGGAAAGCAAGAGGAAUUGGCAAAGGCACUGGAAGAGUUGGCGAAGAUCGAAAAGCUGGAGCAUGCUAAAUUGACAGGAAAGAGUGAAGCUUGGUCGAAGCUUACAGAGGAGAGCAGUUUCAGUUUUGGGUUUGGGGGCGACUUUGAAUAG